AUGAUAUCAAGAAAAAGCUUCUUGGAGACUCGUCUCGUUUGUCGAAGAAUGAGUAGCUUGAUUGAUGAGAACAGAGCUAUUCUUGAACCAAUGUUCAGGAAAAUAGUUGUCGCACAACACGACUAUUUUGCUGAGAGUCCUAAGCGUUUCGUCGUAGCAGACCCAAGCAAACUUCCACUUGCUUUGGACUCAUGCCACCAUGCUGAAAUUUGGCUGCUGUUAUUUUUCAAAGUGUCACUCGAAUCCUAUAAGGUUGAGGAGAUCACUCAAAGUGUGCGCAAGAAUCAUAUAAAGAUACACAAAAUGGUGUUCUAUGGCGUGUAUCUUGCCGCUUGUGAGGCACAUUUGGUGAUCCAAUUACUCAAAACCUCUGGGGUGGCCUGCUUGCUCAUGGCUGAAUGUAAACUCACUCGCAAUCUGGAAGAGAUUUUCCAGCAACACGGACAUUCCAGGGUAGGGUUUCUCUAA